CUUUUGUAAGGUUUAUUACUCAUCUCUGGGAUAGAAGACAUUUGACAAAACGUCAAAAUAUAGAAAUCAUACAGAUAAUAAUAUCUUAUUGUUCUAGAUUUUAAGUUACUCAAAAUGAUAAACAUGUUUGCAUGGUUUAUCACACUAACUAUGUAAAUCUCCUUGCGUUUUUGUACUAAGUAAGGAAUCACUUGUAUAAUUAUCUCUACGAAGAACAUCGACAAAUCCAAGCAAGAGUAGAACAAUUUAGGUUAGAUAGUUUGACCUAGAUAUGUGGGAUAUAUUAGGCGAGAUAAUAAAUGUUGUUCCCCGCAUGGUUUGAUCCAUGUGAUACUUGAUGGGGUACUCCCGCCAAGUUCGACAUGUAUCGUCUGCGGGGUCUGACAGGAUAUCUCAGAUUCUCACAGGGAGAGCAAUUUCGGCCGAAGGAUGCAAGAAAUGCUCAUGCUCCGGGCAAUUUGCUUUAUGAAACAUGAAAAUUUUGGAGCGAUGGUUGGCAGUCGCCGUGCCUUUCCUGCCCGACGCCAUGAUUACGGCUGCACCUCUCUGUACACCUUUCUGUGAGCAUCGAUGCUCACAGAGUCUUGUAGAAAGAUAUGUUGAUUCGGAGAAGUCGUAUGCUCCGACCACAAUCGGUGCCGGAGGUUCGUGCUUCUCGAUUGCUCCCAACGUGUGGGCUGUUUCAUCGCUGUGAAAAUUGGACGGCCUUCCCCCUAUCUCAGAAUUUUGAUCCCCCAUGCCGCGUCGGAUCGUGAGCCAGAAAUGAGUAUGCCCCUUGUUUUUGAUGCCACAUUCAAUGCCCCUUGGAACUUGAGGCGGCCUUUACGUUCUCGAAAGCUUGGAUUCAAGAGCAGCGAAGUUUACACUGCCUCCCGAAUUGGAGCACCAUGUACUGCGCAAAUUGGUCAUUUUCGACCAAAGGACGCCUCCAAUCCAAGUUCUCGGAGGUCGCAGAGGUCUGGAAGCCAUUCUCUGUCCACCAGUUCUCGCAUUUUAUGGCAUGAAAGGGGAGCUCAUGGCCGAAGGGGCGUCACAGCUGGGGUUGAGAAGGACAAGGAGAGUAGCAGUAGUCCCGAGAAACAUAAACGUCAAAUUCGGCCUGAAGUUCAUGGCCGACGAACGAGACCUGGCAGACCCACUCCUCAAGGACCGUACAACAACGUUCUUCUGCAGGCAUUUAAUUGGGAUUCUCACAAGAACAAUUGGUGGACCACUUUAAAGACAAAAGUGGAAGAAAUUUGUGGCCUGGGAAUAACAGAUGUAUGGCUGCCUCCUGUGUCACAGUCAGUAGACAGACAGGGUUAUUUACCAACCCAGCUGUACAGCUUGGAUUCAUCUGCUUACGGCACGAGCGCCCAGUUGAAGGAGCUAAUCGAUGAAUUUCAUCGUCAGGAUAUCUGCUGUAUUGCAGAUAUUGUCAUCAAUCACCGUAGUGGGGUAAAACAGGACUCAAAAGGCCAUUGGAACAUUUUUAAAGGAGGAAAUCCGGACAAAAGACUUGACUGGGGUCCAUGGGCGGUGGUAGAUGAUGAUGUGUAUGAUAGUGGUGGCAAAGGGAAGCACGACACUGGAGAGAGCUAUGGAGCGGCACCAGACCUUGAUCAUACAAACAAGCAAGUCCAAGAUGAGUUGACGGAUUGGAUGAACUGGAUGCGGGCGGAGAUAGGUUUUGAUGGAUGGAGGUUUGAUUUCGUUAAAGGCUACCAUCCCAAAUACACGAACUUGUACUGUCAGAGGACAAACCCAACUUUUGCUGUUGGAGAGCUGUGGACUUCCAUGGAAUAUUUUAAUGGUCAACUUUCUUGGGAUCAGAAUAAACAUAGGCAGGUACUCUGUGACUGGAUUGAUGGGACCAAAGGUUCGUCUUCCGCUUUUGAUUUCACGACGAAGGGCAUUCUUCAACGUGCCGUUAAUGGAGAGCUUUGGCGACUUCGAGAUGAGAAAAAUAAGCCUCCAGGCUUGAUUGGGUGGUAUCCUCAAAAAGCUGUGACAUUUCUUGACAACCAUGAUACUGGUUCAACUCAGCGACAUUGGUGCUUUCCUGACAAGAGGGUGCUGAUGGGAUAUGCCUACAUCCUGACACAUCCUGGCAUUCCUUGUAUUUUCAUUGAUCAUUUGUAUGAGUUCAAGCUGAAGAACGAGAUCCAGAAGUUGGUGUUACUCCGGAAACGCAACCGCAUCAACGCCAAAAGUAAAGUGGUCAUCCAAAAAGCGGAGGCAGAUAUUUAUGUCGCAAAAAUUGAUGAGCGACUGAUUCUGAAGCUUGGCUCGAGGAUGGACAUGGGUGGCUUGCUUCCUGAUAAGAACACGUGGACCAUAUAUAUGACCGGUACAGACUGGGCGGUGUGGGAAACCAACAGACCGAUUGGUGCUCUCCCCGAAAAUGACGAAGAUGAACCAUUACCUCCGCCACGAAGUCCUGUUAAAAACCGACCAAGCCACCCUGUACAUCUUACGAGCAAAAUGAGUGAAGAGACUAAGAGGCGGAUUUUGAAAGAUGUGCCGCAGCUGGUGGACCCUGCCGAGAGGAAAAAGGAACACAUAUCAAUAUUGGCGAAUGGCAAUGGGAAAGGUACCCCAGUAACAUCAGACACUCCUCGGGAAGGGACUCCUCGGGAAGGGACCCCACGUCAUUGGACCCGAACACAAAAAGUGUGCUCGGGAAUUUUUCUUCUCGUUGUACUUUUGGGCCCACUUCUAGUCCUACUGAUUCUGUAGAACGCGUUGGCCAUAGAACAACUACUGUAUGGACCGGCGUUUGUCAGGUUGCUUAGGAUCACGUGCCGUGCAUAACUUCUCUAGUGUCCUGUGAGAGAGUGCUUCUACUGUGCCCAUUGCCGUGUGUUUUAAUUUCAUUGAAGUUGGAAUGGACUUGUGUCCACAUGGCACAGGAAUUGAUACACUUCUCUACCCUCCAGCAAACUGCGAACAAGACGUUGGACUUCAAGCACCGAUUAUAAAAUAAUAAUGCCGACUAUUAUAUUGACUUUACCUCUGACUGUUCGUACAUCUAGGAGUCGUGCAGACAAAAUGCCUCACCUAAAAGAUCUCACGACGAGGUGCAGACAAUUUUCCGCUGCCCUUCAGGCAGUCGAAUAGUCCUGCCUACAGUAUGAAUUGCAUCUCCCAUUUUCACC